AUGUGGUUGGAGCAAUCCUGGUGUGAACGUGUUCACCCCCGGAGUGAUGGGGAAAAAAUCUACGCUGACUUCGGCGAUUUUCCAUGGAUGGUAGCCGUGCUCAAAAGAAAACAAGCGGAGGAAGAAUGGGAAAAAAGCAACUAUAUUGGAGGAGGUUCGCUCAUCCAUCCAUCCGUGGUGAUGACCACGGCACAUAAAGUUGCAGGCAGAAAGCCUGAAGACUUGAAGAUCCGCGCUGGGGAAUGGGACACCACGUCACUAGAUGAAGAAUACGAACAUCAAGAGAGAACCGUUUCCAAGAUCGUCAUACAUCGUGACUAUUUCCUACCGUCUGCAUAUAACGACAUAGCGCUACUGUUUCUGGAGGAGCCAGUCAAUUUAACAGACGCACCGCAUAUAAGCAUUGGAUGUCUUGGCAAACAGAUACCACCGGCAAACACUAGCUGCUUCAGCAUGGGUUGGGGCGCUGAUAACUUCAACAACAAAUCUGUUUUCGCGGCGGUACUGAAGAAGGUGAAACUGCCAUUAGUAGAGCACAGUCGGUGUGAGGAGAUGCUGCAGAAGACAAGACUUGGACGUAUCUUCCGUCUCCACGCGUCUCUCACUUGUGCUGGCGGUCAGGCUGGCAUCGACACAUGCAAGGGUGAUGGAGGUUCUCCCCUCGUCUGUCCGAUUGGCGUCGGUGGCACGCGGUUUGCUAUCUUCGGCAUGGUUGCCUACGGCAUCGGGAAAUGCGGCCAGACUGAUAUUCCCGGUGUGUACGUGAACGUCCCGGACCUUUAUGACUGGGUGGAACAACAGCUCUACACCCAGGGCUAUUAUACCCAAUCUUACGUUUAUUAA